CUGAGGGAGGCGGAGACUCUGAGCCUGUUGGUUGAGUUUCACUUUCAGCCUCUUCCUCGAGCUACUCCCUUCACACCUCAGACUCCUUCUGCAAGCAAAUAUGGUUACUUUAUGAAGUUAUUCACGUCUAAAUAAGGUUAUUUGACAGAAUAAGGUAAUAUCUACUUGUUUUGGACCGUGUGAGAGGACUGUGAGUGGCUGAGAUGUGGCAGCCUGUGAGCUCCAUGAUCCUGGCCGGCUGGGUGUGUGCCUGUGCGGCUGCUGCUGUGACUACGGACUCUGAGCUGUAUAAGAAGGUGGGCGAUGAUGUCGUCCUCAAACCAGAUCCGACCUCUGACCCCUUACUCAGCAUCACAUGGAGACAUGGUUCAAACCUUGCUGCUGUUUGGGACGGACCCAACUCUGAAGGUGUUGAUUUAUAUGGCCAGUUCGAAGGUCGGAGCAACUUGAACAAUGUUAAUGGAGAGCUGACAAUCACCGGACUGACAGCUGGCGACACAGGAUUGUACACAGCAGAAAUCAACAACAUUAGAAACAAAGGAGUAAAUCUCAUCGUGCUGUCUCCCGUCCCGAAACCUACCGUUAGUGAAAUCUGUGACACAGGAGGGGCAGUCUGCUCACUUACCUGUGAUGGUGACACAACAGGCGCUGGAACGGUCACCUACAAGUGGAACUCAGUGGACUCGGAGAAGACCAAACACAUUACAAAGGACGACAGUGUGGGUAUAGGCGGUUUCACCUGUGAGAUGAAGAAUCCCGUCAGUUCAGAGAUCAGCGAACUCACCUCCAACCCGUUCUACAUAGGAGAUGAAAGUACAGAAACCAAAGGGGGCUUGAACAUCUCCAAAGGACUCACAGUCUUCCUCUGUCUGCUGUCUGUUGUGCUGCUACUGUGUUUCAUUCACAGGUGUAAAGCAGGCGAGUGGUUCUUCGAGAAAGGGUCCAUGCCAUGGCAAGCAGACUUCUGGAGGAAGCAAGGGCUGUCGAGAGAUGCUGCAGAAUCCAACGGCACCUCUACUAAUCAAGACCGGGGACAAGCAGAGGGGCAAACACUAAUGGCAGAUAAGCAGCCAAACAGCGCAGAGUAAGGACCUGUGGUGUGAUCAGAGAGAGUGGACAAUGAAGAAUGAAUGUACAAAAGAGACUUCUGGAUGGAAAACCCCUCAUUUCCCCUCAGAGGAAAGAUAUUUAGUGACUACAAGCAGAAAUGACGGCAUGUCCGAGACUUCUAGUUCCCUCUACAUGCUGCUGAGAGCAAUCUUAUCCACAAAUGUUAUAAAAAGACUCUUAAAAAGAACAACUUGGCACAGAAACGAUAGCGUAGGUUCAUCCAGAAUAGAAAAGUAGAGUCACACGUGUUAAAGUAACUUUUAAAAGACACUAAGAAUGGAAAUAUUUAAGUCGCACUACCUUUACAGUGCAGGAGGACUAAGUCAGACUGUAAUACAAAAACUGACACAUAUAAAAGCUUUGAGACUUGAAGACAGGUUCGUGUUACAUUUUCCAAGGAGGCAGCCAGGGGACUCACACCUCAGACAAUACCAGGAAACACUCUAACGUGUCUUUUCCUGUCCGUACCUGGUGCCUCGAGUUCGUUAAACGCCCACGAGUGUUGUGGAUUCUGCAUCCUGGACUGUGUGGAGAGGAACUGGACUGAUAACAGAACAACAGAGGGGAGAGAAAGGGAUGCCAUUGUCUGGCGUGGGCUUGCAAGUUGAGCCAACAAUCGGGUCAUUGUGCAGGACUUUACUGCCGACUCCUGAGCAGCAGACACGUGUGUGUUUGUUGGGAAUCUUUGAACUUUGGAAAGAUUUUAAGAACAAAAGAUCAAUCAGACACUCUUUAUGUUUGAACUCUCAUUUCACUCACUCCAUUAAUGACUGUCUCUGUAUCCUGCAUGGAGAGAAAUGUUGUAAUGUUUGGUUUUGUGGCAUUAUUUCGCCCUUCACUUUCUGUUCUUUUCAUGAUCUGCAUUCUUACUUUCUUAUCAUUUAUAGCUUGAAAACAAAGAAGCAAAAGCACUGAUCUUCUUACUGUUAGAGUGACAUGUUAAAGGUUCUUUUUAAACUGUAAUCUGAGAGUUUUUGUUCAUUUUUUUUAACUUCUUAAGCAUUAGAAUUAAAAGUGUGGGUCACUUAUGAAUUAUUUUAGGCUUGAUUAAUGCGGAAGUCUGAAAAUCUCUGUACAAACAGAAGUAUCAACCUUUCUUUUAGAGAAACAGGAUUUGAUGUAUUUUAUGUGGGUAUUGACUGUGUUAGAGAAUAUAUGAAUACGCAUGUAUUAAAGGGAUUGAUAUAUUGUCUGUAUUAAUUAAAAACAACAAGUCAGAUGUUCAAA